CUGCAUCAGAGUAGACUAUAAGUCUACUUCUUGCUGCCUUUGAUUCACAGUGAAUAUUGGUUGGACUGCAUAGGAAGGUGUAUAUAUAUACAAGAGGUAUAAGUCAGAUUCAAGUUGUAUCUUCUGUCUUUUUAGCUGCAGCUUUGUUUUUUAAUGGCAAAAGUUACAUUGCAUAUCAAGCAAUUUAAAAUGUACGAGUUUGCUUUGUGUAUUUGCUCAGUAGUGUAUGAUGGUAUUAUCCCAAGUAGUUCCUCUGGGUAACAGGAAAGCACUCUGCAUGGAUGCUUUGUCUGAAAAGCUGUAGUUAAAACAGUCUUUCUCUCUUCACACUGAAAAAACUGACUGAGAUUGAAAUAGCACAUCAUCCUGUGUUGGCAUGCUGAAUAUGUGAAGGAGAACAAGAUAUUCCUAUUUUAAUCAUGAAGACCAGUAUUUUUCCCCACCAUCUAAGUGAAUUAAGUAUUGAAAACUGGAUUAUGCCUGCUGUUUAUGCUGGCCAUAUUUCUCAAGUAGUGUGGCUUCACCCACGCUGGGCUCAGCAGAUCUCGGAAGGGAAACACAGUUUUCUGAUUGGGAAAGAUGUAUCAACAACAACGAUCAGGGUUACAGGCACAGAUCAUUACUUCUUAAGUGAUGGUCUUUAUGUUCCUGCUGAUCAGCUGGAAAACCAGAAGCCUUUAAAUUUGCACGUCAUUCUCAUCAAUCCUACUGAAUCAUCAAACAGCCGUGAAGGAAAUGGUGAAGUAACAUCUGCUAAAAGGCUGAAGCUAAAUACAGAUGACACUGCAAGUACCACUUCUGCCUCUUCAGUGGCUCCUGAUGACUUUGAUCACAUCAUCCCAAGUGUGAAGGAAAAGGAGAUACAAAAUGCAGGUGCCCUGAAUGGGGCAGAAGCCUUGGCAGAGGGCUCAGCUUCAAGCUGUCUCAAAAACAGUGAAUGCCCAAUAAGGGAAAUUGUUAAAGAUGUCUGCCAAGUACUGCAGAAAGGGGAUGCAUAUGUUUUGGACAUCGACUUAGAUUUUUUUUCAGUUAAAAAUCCAUUUAAAGAAAUGUACACACAGACAGAAUAUGAGCUUUUGCAGGAGUUGUACAAUUUCAAGAAGCCACAUAAAAAUGCAACAGAGGAAGAGCUGCUGGAUUGUGUUGAAAACCGUGUUCAUCAGCUGGAAGAUCUGGAAGCAGCAUUUGCCGAUUUGUGUGACAGUGAUGACGAGGAAACCCUACAGAAAUGGGCUUCGUAUCCUGGAAUGAAGCCACUUGUUCAACUAGUUCACAGUUUGAAAACCAGGAUGGAAAGCCCAGACUACGAAAUGGUCCAUCAAGCUGGUCUGACCUGUGAUUAUGUGGAGCUUCCUCACCAUGUUAGCACUGAAGAUGAGAUUGAAGGCCUCAUACAAUCCAUUAAAGUUCUGCUGACAGAUCUGCCUAAGCCCACACUGGUGACAGUUGCUCGAUCAAGUUUGGAUGACUACUGCCCUUCAGAGCAGGCUGACAUCAUUCAAGAGAAGGUUCUCAAUUUACUACAUUUGGUGUAUGGCUCACUGGAUGUGCACUUAGAAUACUCAAGCUCUUCAUCUUCUUAAUGACUUUUCUUCAUGUGUUGCUGUCUAAUGCAGAGGAUUAAUUUGAAUUGUUCAUUAGCUGUGAUUGCAAAGGGAGGACUGCUGUUAUUUCAGCAGGUGGCACUAGAACCCAGGCUGACCCAGCUCAGGUUUGAGUUGCAUUGUUUUCUCCAAGUCAGCUGCAUCUGAACUGACUGUUACGUGUUUGGCUUUGUUCAGAUUAGUGCUGUAAUUACUGUUUUUACUGUCUUGUUUCUUAAAAUUGAUGCAAAAGAAAUUACUGUGUCUAUAAAUUGAGGGGUUUUGUCUCAUUUCUUUGUGUCUGUAAAAAAUUAUAUAUAUAAUUUCUUAAAAUGCUUUCCUAUGAUGUAUUUUUGUAAUUUAGUAACAGAUUUGCUCCUGAGUUGUAUUUUAUAUCUUUUAAAAACUGGUCUUAAAAAUGCCCUUAAAACUGUAGUUCUGUGGAGUGAUCUUUCCUAUCUGUUGUGCUUGAGAUGACCCUCUCAUUUCUCGAGAGAACCUCAUGGCUUCUGCCCCAUCCACAGAAUAUAAUUUGUGUUUAUUUUCUAUUUCUCUAAUAUUGUCUUAUUUUGCCUCAGAGUAUUUUACUGGUGGCUUAGGUAAUAUCCCUAAUGUACAGAUAUUUGGCUUGGUAUUUUCACUUCUAGAUAAUUUUGAGGAUAAAAAGUAUGUGUGCAUGUGCAUGCUUUAAUGUUUUAAAUCCUGUAAGGAAUUGAUGGCUUCUUCAGAAACAAAGAUUUUGUUUCACUGAAGUCAGCAGCAAAACAUCCUGUACCAGGUUUUACCUCAUUUCAGUAUUGCUAUUUAGGAAAGAACAGUUUUAGAACUAUUUCAUUUAGAAAUCAAUAUAAUUAUAGAGAAAACCAGCACUUUCAGAGGAAAAAAACCCACAGGAUUUAUUGGAAAUGAAACUGAAACAGGAAAGAGAAAAUUCCACCUAGAAUAUUGUCUUUUAUUAGGAAUAAAUUUUGCUUGUAAUUUCUUCUGAAAUAAUGGAGUUCAUUUGCUAACUUUACUGUUUGCUUUACAGAGACUUUGUGCACUUUCACAGUUUUUACUCCUUCUGCUGUUGAU